GCGGCCAUAGCAGUCCAGCAUCCUGUUACAAACCGUGGAAAGGGACUAAAUAAAUGAUAAUCCCGAGAACAAUCCUCCAAAACAAGACUUUACACGCGAUUAUAACGACUCUUCUCUAACAGGGCGCGGACCGGCUGCACGCAAACGUCAAAAAGACCCCGGAAAUUGAACAUAAUGUCAGACAAAAGUGAGCUAAAGGCAGAGCUGGAAAGGAAGAAACAGCGUCUUGCUCAGAUCAGAGAGGAGAAGAAGAGAAAAGAGGAAGAGCGCAAGAAAAAAGAAACUGAAGGACGCGGCGAAGGCGCCUCUCCGCCCAAUGAUGACUCUGACCUGGAGAGGAAGAGGAGGGAGGCCGAGGCUCUGUUGCAGAGCAUGGGCAUCACCGAUCCUGCCAUGGUUCAGCCUCUGCGAAUAGUAACAGAGGAUACGUGUCUGUUUCAUUAUUUAGUCCCCCCUCCCAUGUCUCCCUCUGCCAAAUCAGUGGGCACUCCGAGUGAAACCGGCAGCCAGGACUCAGUGGACGGAGCCGCUGGAACCAGGACUCUGCACUGGGAUUCUGACCCCUCUACCCUUCUGCUGCAUUCAGACUCUCAGCAUGGACGAGGUCCCCUCAGGCUCGGCAUGGCUAAAUUGACUCAGGUGGAUUUUCCUCCUCGUGAGCUCGUGUCGUACUCUAAAGAGACUCAGACUCCCGUCACCACUCAGCCUAAAGAUGCGGAAGAGGAAAACGAGGAGGAGGAUCUGGCAGCGGCGCCGGCUGCUCUCGAGACUCCGCAGAUAAACGAGCCUCACAAUGAGGAAGAGGAGGCGCCGCCUCAUGAGCUGACGGAGGAGGAGAAACAGCAGAUCCUGCACUCAAAUGACUUCCUGACGUUUUUUGAUCAGAGCUCACGCAUCGUGGAGCGCGCUCUUUCCGAGCAGGUGGACGUCUGCUUUGACUACAGCGGACGAGACCUUCAGGACAAAGAGGGAGAGACCCAGGCUGGCACCAAGCUGUCACUGAACAGACAGUUUACAGAUGAGCGCUGGUCCAAACACAGAGUGGUCACCUGUCUGGACUGGUCACCUCAGUACCCAGAGUUAUUGAUGGCUUCCUACAGCAGUAAUGAAGAAGCUCCUCAUGAGCCAGAUGGUGUGGUGUUGGUGUGGAACAUGAAGUACAAGAAAACAACAGCGGAGUAUGUCUUCCACUGUCAGUCGGCGGUGAUGUCCGCAGCUUUUGCGCAGUUUCAUCCGAACCUGGUUGUGGGAGGGACGUACUCUGGACAGAUCGUCCUGUGGGACAAUCGCAGUAACAAGCGGACCCCAGUACAGAGGACACCUCUCUCUGCCUCUGCACACACGCACCCGGUGUACUGUGUCAAUGUCAUUGGGACUCAGAAUGCUCACAACCUCAUCAGCAUCUCUACUGAUGGCAAAAUGUGCUCCUGGAGCCUAGACAUGCUUUCCACGCCUCAGGACAGUCUGGAGCUGGUGUUUAAGCAGUCUAAACCUGUGGCGGUGACAUCUAUGGCAUUUCCUCUGGGUGACGUUAAUAACUUUGUGGUGGGCAGUGAGGAUGGCACGGUCUAUACUGCCUGCAGACACGGCAGCAAAGCAGGGAUAAGCGAGAUGUUCGAGGGUCAUCAUGGCCCAGUUACAGGGCUUGACUGCCACACAGCCACCGGACCUGUUGAUUUCUCUCACCUGUUUGUGACUUCUUCUUUCGACUGGACCGUCAAGCUGUGGAGCACCAGGAACACUAAGCCUCUGUACUCAUUCGAGGAUAACUCUGACUACGUGUAUGACGUCAUGUGGUCUCCUGCUCACCCUGCACUGUUUGCCUGCGUCGACGGAGUCGGACACCUUGACUUGUGGAACCUCAACAACGAGACCGAGGUUCCCUCAGCUUCAGUGACAGUAGAGGGGAACCCUGCCCUAAACCGCGUACGCUGGGCCAAUUCUGGCAGAGAGGUUGCCGUCGGUGAUUCUGAGGGUCGUGUACACAUCUACGACGUAGGAGAGCAGAUCGCCGUGCCGCGGCAGGACGAAUGGACCAGCUUCCUUAAAACACUCAGCGAACUCGGAGAGAACCAGGAGGAGGAAGAGGAUCUGGCAAACCAGCGCCUUGCUGCCUGAUUUGGGUCCCAGGCAGCUGACUAUGAUGUUUACACUCACAGUCAGGUUUUAUAUUUCUGUAGAACGAGUCUAAAGCUUCCUGAGUGACAAUCUCGAGCUUCCCUUCACUGCGCUAAUCUCUUCCACUUUAAUCUGUCCGGGUGACAGGAUGGAAAAAGCCGGACUAGUGUGACAAGCACAAUAAAAGAAGUUAAGGGAUGUGUUUAAAAUAGGGAAGAUAAAGAGAGCUAAUGCUAGCACUAA